AGCGCGCGCCAACAUCGUCGUCUGAAGGAGCUUGGAAAAGAUAAGAUGGAUGAAUACGUAAAAAACAAAUUAAUAGAAUGGAAUCUUGCAGAGUUGAUCCCCAAAUUUGAAGCUGAGAAGAUUGAUCAAGAAACCCUCCUUCUUUUAGAUGAUGUCACACUGACUUCUCUUAUCCCUAUUAUUGGACUUCGUUUAAAAUUCAAGAAGUACCUCAAGAACGUGCUUGAUGAAUCAAUCAAAGAGCCUGCAACUACAGUAACAGUACUAAGGGAGCAGCAGCAGGGUCCUGAGCAGCACAGAAGAACGGUGGAGCAUGCAGCAGCAUUUAAUGUAAGAGACAUCCUUACAGCAACAUCCUGUGGCAGCAGUAUUGUGGAUGCCAUUGAAAAAAGCAACUGCAUUUCGCUUAAAGAAAGACAAUCGAUGGUUCGUAUCUUGGUUUCACAUCUAAUUGAGCGCUUUGGAGAAAAUCCAAGUGGAGCAACAAAAGUCACCUUGGCUUCGUCAAUAGUCGAACAAUUUCCAUGCCUUAAGGAUUGCCAGGGUAAAGGCUAUGAGGCAUGGUUCAGUCCAGGUAGAUUUCACAGACCUGCCACAGGCUUCCUUGAAGAGCGUCUUCGGAAUGUGCGCAAAAAGAUUAGAAGAGGAAGACAAAAGCCAGUUUGUUCAGACAACCCAAGAGACGGCAGUAAUUUUACUUUUCCUGAUUCGAAUGUGGACUCGGAAAGAGCAACUCAAAUGAUAGAGUGGCUCAGAAAUAAUAUCUGGCCAGCAAGUCAGGUCGAGCAGUACAUGAAAGAAACAGCGAUUCAAAGGGCAAAAUGGAUUCGUGACGAUGGAUCCAAAACGAUAAUGGAAAUAGCCAAAGAGUAUCCACGUCUUCUCGACACUCCAGGCAUGAUAUCCCAGGAUUUUUUAAUUUUGAAUCCAGACUGUGCUUCGAAACUCACAGAAAAUUGGGUACCAGUGUUUAAGGAUAAGAUUCUUCAGGUUGCCAGCAAACAAAAACAAGCUCUUAAUCUACUUCACGACAUAGAAACAAUGUCAGCAGAGAGACAGAGUGACAUCGCCAUGCAACUCCUUCCUGUAAUCCUUCCAACGCAUGUGUACAAAAUUGGAAGAAAAACGUUCAAACCCACUUUCCUAGAAACCAGGAAAGCCUUCAUUGACAUACAGCCUAUUGGGACCAAUAUGGCUGAGUACCUUCGUUCAAAAGAGUCCAUUGAAUCUCCUUACGUGCUCAUGCUUGGAGACAACCACAACUUUCAAGCCUUUGCUAUAAUAAAUGGCACAGCACUUGAGCAAAGCACAUUACUUGCUGCAGUGGACAUUUGCUUUAAAGCAUUUUACAUUUUUGACGUGAACUACCCCAAGCAGUGUUCCCUGGUGUGGCAGUUUCUACAGACUGUGGUGUAUGGACUUCCUGGGGAGGAGACACCGGCAGUAAGAGUUCUGCGAGCAUUCAUUUUUGCUGAAAAACAGUAAUAAUACUGUAACCUUACCGCUUCCUUGGUUUUUGUGUACUUCAACUUGUACUCUGUUACUUCUACAGUCUACUCUGUUUCUUCUACUUCUAUCAGUUACAUUACUUCAGUUACUUGAAUCGUACUGCGAUUAAUUGUAUUGAUGACCUAUUGUGACAUUUUUUGUCACAUGGUAUGUUAAUGUGAUGCAUAUAAAUGUUUGUGCACGUUAUGAAAUGGUUCCAUACUUUAAAUGUUUUUUCUUAGAAGUAAGUUUGACUUCAGUCAGUUUUAUGCACUUUCAUUAUUCUAAAUAUUUUUCCUCUACAAUGCAGUUAGAUUGCAACUUUUUUUACGGAUGUUUGCACAUGAUUGUAAAAGUUAUGAAAUAUUUACCUAUUUAAAAUUUUCUAUUUUAAAUUGUUUUCUUUUUUCCUAACCUAAACUUUUUUUUUUCCUUUGGUGCCUUUUUAUUAUUAUUAAUUCUACAUUACGUUCUUUCUACAUUAAAGUUGAUGAUUUAUAUAUGUUAGGAUAUGUAGAUGUUUGUGUACACAUUUGUAUUUUUCAGUGAAUCUUCUGUCAAGAUGUUUUUUUUCAUUAUUCUGCAUUUAUUUUUCCUCUACUCUGCACUUACAUUGCAAUUAAUUCUUACAGAUGAUUGAUGCAAAUGUUAUGAAAAGUUUUUAUAUUUCAAAUCUUUCUUUUUCUUAAGUUAUUUGUCUGACUUAAGUCAGUGUUUUUGUUAAGCAGUUUGAUACAUUUUCUUAAAAAAAAUUUUAAUGCUAAGGUGAAUAUGUUUUAAAUACAGAUGGACACAUUUUUACAUGUUU